AUGGAAAACAAUAAUCUUUUGCAAGAUGGAUUCUUAAACGAAUCUGAACUUACUGAACUCAUUAACGAUUUUUACAACUAUUACGGUAAUAUAAGUGGUGUACAACCACAAACAACCGAUAUUCAAGCGCAAAAUCCUUCAUUAAAUACUAAUGGUAAUAAUUGUGAUAAUACGUAUUGCGAUUUUAUUAACGAACUUUUCGCUAUGGAUGAUGAAGAAUAUUCGACUUUCGAUAACCCUUCUAAUCAAAAUUACCAACAAACUCCCAUAACGCCUAUACCGUCUAAUGAACAAUUUACGAAUAAUUUUGAUUUUAUUCCAACUUCGAAUCACUGUUUACCACAAUCUAUCCCAACACAAUCUAUUCCGGACAAUUAUUCGUAUACAUUUAAUACUGUUACUUACGACUCUCUUCAAGAAAAUACUUCAAAUACUUGUGAAAUCUUUAAAUUUGAGUACAGAGUCAUUUCUGUACCGGCUAAUUCCCCAAUAACUCCGAAUACUCUAAUUACUACUACUUCGAAUAUUUUAGAAAUGCGACAACUAAAUUAUUUUUCUUUAAAUAAUUUGCAAAUGCAAUCUCAAUUAUGA